AUUUAGUAAAUCCAAACCCCAAAGCAAAAAGAAAAAAAAAGAGAAACUCGUCCCUUCAUCUUCAAUCUCAUUCAUCAUCAAAGCAAAAAAAAAAACCCUAAUUAUGCAGCCUUGUAGUCGUGAAAUGCAAGCAAUGAACUCUCUCUUAAACCCGACCCAACAAAUCCCUCUCCAAGACCUUCAAAUCAACGGUAACAGACACCACCAUCAACAGAUCCACGUCCCAUCAUCAUCGCAGUUCCAGUAUCCCACACCCACUUCAACAACCCACCAUGACGACAGCUUCUUAGAACAGAUACUCUCCUCCACCACGUCCUUCCCGUGGUCCGACGAAACGGGUCCUCCCAACCCCGAGGAUAACAAUAACGCCGGCUUCAACUACGAUGAGAUGGUUCUAGCUUCCAAGCUUCGACAGCAUCAAAUCAACGGCGGAGCUGCUGGUAACCCUUUUGCCGCUAUGAAGAUGAUGUUGAUGAUGCAACAACAACAACAGCAACAGCAGAUGAUGUUAGCGGGAAGACCCACGGUUGCCUCCGCCGCCGCCGGAGGCGGAAUCACCACCAAUCAUCAGGGUGGAGAGGGUUCCAUGCAAGCUUUGUAUAAUGUUUUUGGCGAUGGAUCUUUGCAUGGAACUAUGCAGGCGAAAAGCUUUGUGGGGGCUAAUUCAGCAACAGAGAUGACCCAAAGUCAGGGAAGUGGUCCGACGGCCGGAGAAGCGGUGACGGCGCCGGAAAAGCCUAAACAAAGAGUUAGGGCAAGGAGGGGUCAAGCUACUGACCCCCACAGUAUCGCCGAAAGACUACGUAGAGUUAGAAUUGCAGAGAGAAUGAAAGCUCUUCAAGAACUGGUUCCCAACGCCAACAAGACAGAUAAAGCUUCAAUGCUUGAUGAGAUCAUCGACUAUGUCAAAUUCCUCCAGCUCCAAGUGAAGGUUCUGAGUAUGAGCAGAUUGGGUGGUGCUGCUGCUGUUGCUCCCCUUGUUUCUGAGGGAGGUGGCGAUUGUAUUCAAACAAGUGCCAAUGGUGGGUCCCAUCCACGAAAUUCCAACGGUGACCAAACGCCGUCGGCCAACGACAGACUGACGAUGACGGAGCACCAAGUGGCCAAGCUUAUGGAAGAGGACAUGGGCUCCGCCAUGCAGUAUCUGCAAGAGAAGGGUCUGUGCCUCAUGCCGAUCUCUCUCGCCACCGCCAUCUCAAGCGCCACGUCUCGUUCAAGGAACCCCAUGAUCAACCAUGAAAACCCGACCAACGGCAGCCACCUUUUGAUUCAAUCAAGCGGCGGCGAUGGACCUUCCUCGCCUAGCAUGUCGGUGUUGACAGUCCAGUCAGCCACCAUGGGUAACGGUGGUCUUGAAGGUGGCGCAGCGUCGGUUUCCAAGCCCUGAUAACGGCGGUGAGGGACAUAUGUAGAGAGGAAUUGAAGGGAAACAGCUUUUAGUCUAUGAGAAUAAGGCGGUCUUCUUCCCAUGUAUUUUCUUAAAAGUACGAAACGACGCCGUAUUUGACGUAGACUUAUAGGCUAACCCCUAAGACUGACCUCAUCCAAUCAACAAACAAUUACGUAGAGGGAACAAGUUUUAGUAUUAUAAUGAAAUGGGGUUUAAUUUCUUUGUA